CCAUUGCGCAUGACAGUCAGUGCGGCCUUGUGGGCGAAACAUAGGGGUUGACUAAAGAGUGGUGCCAACAAAGGCCGAGUAGAUGGGGUUAGAAAAAGAUUAAUUUGGAGUUCUAUAACCCAUUUGUUGUUGUAAAUAGAAUUUUAUAUAGGUUGUGAAUCUGUGAUUACGGUUAAGAAUGUGUGAAUGAUAUGAAUCGUGACGGCUAGCAAAGGAGUCAGCUGGUCAACAGUGCGAAUAGUGAAUAAGAAAUGGCGGCCUUGCCAGCAGGUGUUCAGUAUGGGUUAUCAUCUGAAUCCACAAAUAAAGAAAAUAAGGAACUAGUGUUUGUGAAAUUAACGGAUUCAGCACUGAAAGCUAUUGAAGACUUCAUUAAAAAUAAUAAGAGCAAAUUGGGCAAACCUACUAUACAGUUCCUACCAGGAAAUGAAGGGAAAAUCUCAAUACCAUCAUCCAAUGGCAAUGGCCCAUCGGGUGAGACUACGUUUCACUUUAGUGUCCUUAGCAAUGCAGAAAUGGAGGGUCCACAGGGUUCGUUCGAGUGCGUCAAAACUGGGGGUCCAAGGCGUUUGGAGACGUGCGGGCCACUACCCAGGAGGAUGCGAGUACUGGCCAAUGACGACUCGUACGAGGCUACAAAAGACCGUAUGGCGAAGACUGUCGCGGCGGAGCAGAGCAAAUGCACCCGCGUGAUAAAGCCUAACCAGACGGACAUAGGGCGACGUGUCAAAGUACGCUCGUCGCUUUAUUCGGGGCCCAACGCGGCCCAUAUAGCUGAGCGCUCGGAUAGGACCGAGCGAUUAGAUAGAAGCGAGCGCUUGGAAAGGCCCGAGCGCUCCGAACGUAUAGAUAGAGAAAGGAUAGACAGGUUGGAAAGGCCUGAGCGGGCCGAGAGGCCGGCGGCGGCGCCCCCCGCGGCUCGCCCGCAGCAACAGUUGCCGCAACUCCAGCCGCAGCAGCAACAGCUGCAGUCACAGCAAUCACAGCAGCGGGCGCCCUCCAACCCGGAUCUCACUAAACGGUCCAUUAAAGAAAGAGUCAUACAAUUACUAGCACUGAAACCUUACAAGAAGCCAGAGUUGUAUGCUAGAUUGAAUAGUGAGGGAAUUAAGGAAAGAGAAAGGGGUCUCGUGAGCAAGAUCCUGCCUCAAAUAAGCACACUCAAGGACAAUUGUUAUCACUUACGUAGGCACAUAUGGAAUGACGUCAAUGAGGAUUGGCCGUUCUAUACAGAAGAGGAAAAACGCACACUGAAGAGGCGGAAACCUCAAAAUCUAACGCCACCGCUGAGCAGCGACUCUGCGAAUUCGCUAUCACCGCGCGCUUCGCCCAGCGCCAACAAGAGGCCGAGCAGCGCCGCUGCGGACGAGUUGCCCGCCAAGAAGCAGCGCAUAUCACACUACAGGAGGCCAUCGCCGCCCUCGUCUGGUUAUGCGACUACUUCUUCUGGCGAGCGGCACGCGUCUGACAAUGAAGAUGAUAGGUCUACAGUUAAAAAGGACAACGGCUACACGCUCAACUUCACCACGGUGAAGGAAAUCUGCCCAAGUCCUGUCAAAGCCAACGGUUUUAGAAAUAGUCCCCCAGUAGAGCAAAAUAAUAUCACAGUUAAAGACAUCACAAAUACAGAAGAACCAUUAGAUAAUACUGAAUUAACGUCAGCGCCCGACGAAAAAGCGAUUGAUAUGGCAGACAUAGAAAGACAAUACCCUCCAGUCACCAGCUCGCAGACGCGGCGCGCGUACAAGAACGAGUUCACGUCGCUGUACAAGGAGUACCGCUCGCUGUACGAGCGCGUGGCGGCGGUGGCCGCGCUGUUCACGCGCCUCGAGCAGCAGCUGAGGCGCGCCCAGCCGCACUCGCCCGACCAUCAUAGCAUAGAGCAACGCAUACAUGAGGAAUACAGACGGAUCAACAACGACACCCUGUACCAGCACGAGCGGCGGCGUGUGGAGUAUCUCACGCGCAAACUCGCGCACAUCAAACAGAUGGUGCAGCAGUAUGACGAUCUGCGCACUCUAAAACCGGAACACACGUCUGCCACUACGCAGGCGUACUGACACACGAGCCGCCACACCGGCCGCGGCUCGUGAGCCACGGAAACACGCCGCUCGGUAGCUACGCAACGGCAGGCAAAUUGUUAUAUUGUAUGUUUAUAGAUUGUUAUUAGGUCUUUCGUACGGCCCGUGGUCUAGUUUUUCUUUUUGUUUUGAAUGAGGCGGCGUGAUAUCUUCAUCUCUUCGGUUAACUUUUGUGGUGAAGAGGUGGAAGAUAAGACAUGUACAAUAUUAGUAAUUUCUGUUUACUUUCACCAGUAGAAUAAAAAUUUAAGACCGUAGACGAGUUUUCGGGAUUUUAAGCCUUAUUUCUUAAUUCGCUCUUAAACUACAACGAAUUGAUGAAUACGGGUGAUAAAAUUUCGUAUCGUGAGGGAUCAAAUUUUGUGUAAUAUUUUUAUGCUGUUGGAGUUCAAUAGGCCAAUGGAAUGGAAAGAAAAGUUGCAAGAAAUAUGAAUUGUUGACAUGUAUUACUAAUAAAAUACCAUAAUGUGAUAUGCUGCAUUACAUUAUUGGAUAACAUGCAGAUCAAUUUUUUCAUCUUAGUAGUAUAACAAUUUGUUUGAAAAGUGUUUUUUUUUUUUACUUGUUGCUCACUUGCUCGCUUCUUUAUUCAAAAUAAUUUUCACAAAAACACACGGGCCGUAUGCUUAGCGUCUAAAUACAGCGCUAUUGGUUAAUAUUCCCAAACGUUAAUAAUAGAUAAUAGGAAUUAGUUUUAUACAAUGAAUUGGCUACAAUUUUUCACCGAUUUUUUGAAAGGUGUACAUUUAUCAGGUGAUCAAGUUACUGUAAUGUAUACUGUUCGAACUUGAAAAUUAAUGGCACAUUAAGCUUGUACUGUGUCGAAAUAUACAAAGUGACAGUCGCUUAAUUUGACAUUAAUAUGUUCGCAUAGUUUAGCGUUUAUAUGCAAAGUAUGAAUAAAUAGUAAAACAAACAGUCGUUGCGUAGUGAUUCCUAUUCAAACUGCCUUCACGUAUGCCUUUCAAUCAGAGAUUUAUAUUUAUCGUAGGGAUCUAAAGAGGCUGUGCAAAACAGUUCUGACCAUUUUGAUGCAGUUCUUUUGCUGCAAAUUACAUGUAUAGCUUAUAAUGUCUCCCGAAUAGUGACAGCAAUAUAUUGGCCUUUUUGUAUGAAUUUUUCCGUUUUAAGACACGCUAGGUUAUAGAAUCGUCUAGAUACGUGGAAAUAUAGCAAAAUCAUUACUCAUAGCGUAAUUUUUGUAUACUAAUGUCAAAUGAGUAUUGACAGCUAAUAUCAAAUUUCAUUUAAAUCAAGGUUUCGCUUUGUCACUUUUAUAUAAAAAUUAUCUAAUUGGCUGUUAAUUACACAAAUUAAUGAUGAAUUACCUAUCAAACCGAUAUACAUCUUGCAUUCUUAUUAUGCAUAUUUCCAAAACGAGUAGAUUUAAAAAUUGAAGUUUAAUAUAUUUGUUAUUGCCAUCUCAUUUGUAUUUAAGUGUUAAAAAAUUACGUCAUAACGCAAAUCACUCAAUGCCACAUAUCAUCCCCGAUUGGGUGUCAUAAGCAAAUUGUGACAUGACUCAGUUAUGUGACGUGUUUAAAUAUGUCCCGUUUUUAUAGUGUCCGUGUACAGUGAGAAGUAGAAAGGUCGGAUUUCAGUGCACCUCACUGUACAUUAACAUUUACUUGAACAAAUAUGAAAAUACACGCCCAUUUCGAGCGAGGUCGUCUUUUUACAGCAUUCAAUCGUUUCCAUAGUUACAUUCAUUUGUAAUGUAAUUAUUGAUACUGAUUACGAGCGAUACUCCUUAUGAUUCCGAUAUGAAUCGACAGUGAACUUGAAACAGGGUGUUAUUUUUAUACAGCUAGUUUGUUGCAAAGGCAGCCUGCCAAUUUGGCAACGCGAUAGUUAAAACCGAUAAUAAAGGUUCAUUCUGUAUUUCGCACUUAUAACAUUUUGUUCUUCCAUUAUUUUUAGUAAACGUUAACAUGCUUCAAGGUAUUGUCAAACUUUUAACUUCUAUUUUUAAUAUAUUACAGCUUUGAUUAUGAGAAUAGUAUUUGAAUACCUGACUAUAUUUGACACACUUGACACUUUCGACACCCAUGUUAUUUUGUUACCUGAACGCUGCUAUUAGUGAAAAUAUUAUUUUUGUAAGUUCAUUAGUAAAAUUAUUUAAGGCUUGACAAUAGUUCCUUGUAAAGCUUAAAGCUGGAAGAUAUAACUGGGAUUUGAAGGCCCACUUUAAAAUUUACUAUAAUCUACAACACUAAACAUCUUGCUAGGUAUAUGUAUAUUGCUUGCUUUCCUACGACCAAGUUCUUGUUUUUAUUUCUCGCGAUAUUUUAAUUCCAUCGUCCCGAAAAAUCCCUACUACUUGUCACAAAAUGUUGAUACUAUUUUCCCAAAGUGGUUUUAACUAUUAAAUGGUCCAAGAUUUAUAUUUAUCUACAGCUUGAUAAUAAUUUAGUAUAAUUUUCAAACAAAUUUGUUAAAGCAAUAAAUAGUUGUCUUAGCAUAAAUUGAUAAUUAUGCUAUUUGAGUGUCGAUUUAGAAGAAAUCAGUCUACUACUUGUUAUUAUAAUAUGGUUGUAUAAUCAUUGUUCAUUUUUUUAAAUAAAUCCUGUUCCGAUGAACGGUAAGGAGCGGAAAUUCAGGAAUAAUUAAUUGGGAUUUUGAACAAUGGGAAAAACAAGCAAGGUCGUCUAGUUUAUAAAAUUUUAAAUGAUAAACGCAUCUAUACUCCGUCGUGUUUGCGAUGAUCAAUCCUUCCUAUUAGGCUUACUUCUUGCGCGAUGCUACUGUGGGAAGCGCGGUGUGAUAACAUAUUAAUAAAUUAUAACGUAUUUAUGAAUUUUGAAUAACUCGCACCAAAUGUAAUCUUUUAAAUCACCUUUGCGUAUUGUAAAUACAUUCCCGAUCACAGCGUAUCGCGCAAGAUGCAAUUACUUUUAGUCCGGUUCAUUUAAAAUGUAAAUACUAUUUAAAAUUAAAUUAUCAAAUAUAUAAUAGUCCAGUAGUUGAUAUUUGUUCGUCCACGUUUUAUUCCAUUCGAAAAGUAUUGCCGUCUCAUGUUAUUGUUGUCCAAAAAUUUGCUUGUAUUCAUUGCCGAAUUUACUUUCAUUUAACUAUCGAAUCGAACGUGUUAAUAUUCAAAUUCAGAACCUCAAUUCUGAAGUCAAUUUAUAUGAUUUAAAAACGCAUUAUAAACGCCAUUUUUAUAUAUAUAAUGAUAUAAGUAUUAAUAUCGUCCCUUUUGCUUCUAAACAAUCCAUCCAUGUUGGACGUUCAUUUUAUUUUAAAUCUUGCCCAGCUUGCAUGUUUUUUGUACAUAGUAGUAUCUUAAAGAAAAAAGUUUUAUUACAUUCUUGUUAAAUUUUGUUAUGGGUAGUGUAAUAUUUUCAUAAUUAUUUAAAAUAAUAAUUAUUUAUCCCGUGAUUUGGCUAUGUCGUGUAAUUGCCGUGAAUAGAUCUUUGUAAAUAUCGUAGAGGCUUUAAACGUAACUUGCGUGUGUCACAAAUUUAGUUUGUCAGAUAAGAUGGCGCCACUGUCUUUGUGCUUUGGAUGCCCAUAUAUCACUUAAUCGGCAAACUAAGCAGUGUUGGGCAAAAAUGCGAAAGCUAAGACUCAACAAUCAAUCCGUAAUUAUUACUGUGUGCAAACGGGAAUUAACUAAUGAAACCGUAAUUGUUUUUUAGUUGGAAUAUGUUGUCGUUUUAAUCAAUAUAUAAGUUAAAUGGUUUUUUAAACCUGUAAUACCUUGGGCAAUUAAAAAAAAAAUAACUUAAUGCCACGUUUGACAAUAGAUUGAACAAUAUAAUAGACUGAUGCCCAACACUGAAAGUAUACGGCGAUAGCACGACUGAGCCCGGCGCCAGCGAAAAUGUCAGGAUCAAACAUUAUUAUCUUAACGCGAUAAUCGUCUUGAAAAUUUGCUAAAACCGGCCAGUGUCAAACAUCCACUAGUAGUAAGAAAAUAUUCUGCUCCACUUCAGAAUACCCUCCAAAUCACAAUAAAUUUUAAUAAUAAUGUUAUCUACAUAUGGGCCACACAUUUUUUAUCCUUAUUGCUAAACUAUGCAUAAUACCCCCUUCCACAAUAAAUAGUUAUUUAGGAUUGGUUAAAUCAUUCGUACAGCAUUCACGGCCUGUUUGAAAUAGACAAUAGAUUUCUAUUGUUUUAUUUCGCCCAGGCCGAGAAUGAAUUAACGAUUUUAAAAAAACUUGUACAAGCAAUCAUAAUUCCUUAGUUUUUGGCCCAAAUGUAUAAGCCGUCUGCGUGUUUUGUCCUAUUAUUAACGUCCAUAUAUUUGAAAUCAUUUAGCGUUAAGUGAUUUUAUUUCUUAAAUUUCAAAAAUCUAAGUCAUAAUGCAAGUCCAUUUUGUCCUAUUGCAAUUAUGAACAUCAACUUUGGUAGGCGGAAUCGUCCGGAUAGAUAAUUGUAAUUCGAACAUCAUUCGUUUGUUCUACGUAAUAUGUAUUUCUUUGUUAUAAAAUGCGUACGUAGUUAGUGUUAAAUAAUACUUGAACAUGUGCAUAGGUCUUCGAACCUUGUAAUUCAUACUGUUGUUUCGGUUAUUUUUUGUCAAUUAUAAGUCAUAGCGACGUUACUAAUUUCUUUCAUUAUAAUGGUCAAUUGUUUUUGUGUAAGUAUACGUAAAACCGUAUACAUAUUUCAUUAAAUGUCAAGUUAUUUGGUCAAUUCAAUAGUAAGUGCCCUUUGCUUGUUCAUGGAUAAAAUUUUAUGGUUAUAUUGCUUUUUACUCAUUGUAAUGCUCAAUAUUAUUGUCAUGAUAUUAGAUGAUUAAAAUUUUCUUUGCAUUAUUUAUUUCUAUAUUUAUUUGACUGUCGUUGCAAUGACAGGGUUACUCAUUUACGUAUAAUCGACUAGAACACAUUACUUGUGGCAAUUAUCUUACAACGAACGCCGAAACUGACAGUCCACGUGCGUCUAUUUGGCUUAACCAUGUUGACGUCAAUGCCCUUAAUAAUGAUAGUAAUACAAAAUUGUACAUAUUUUACUAAUAAUUCGCUUGUCCCUUACUUACACGCAUAUCGUAUUCGUAUCUCAACUUUCUGCUAUCAUAUUUUAUACACCAUUUGAUAGGAUCAAACAGUUAAAAUGUUAUUGUUACCACUAGUAUAAGCACAUUCAAUUGUUUUAUUGUAAUAAUAUUUAGUAACGUUUGUAUGUUACUGAAUUAUAAGCGGUUGUUUUCUAUGGAGGAGAUAUUAAUUUCUUAUGUUAUCGGGAGUUGUUAAAGUGGGAUAUUGUGAAUGAUGCAUUCCAUUUGUCAGAAACGUUGAUUUAGCACUGUUCAUUGAUGCACCUAUUACAUGAAUAGUGUAAGGAAAUAUUGAAGUAUAUUUUUACAGGCAUAUCCUUAUGUAGGGAGGAAUGGUCAAUAAUAAGUGCAGUCGAAUUGAUAUACCUAUUUACAAUUUCCAGACCAAUUGUCCCUUUUAUAAAGUAACCAAUAUUCAACAUGUAAAAUGGUAUCAUGAUAAACUGUCACAAAGGGAGUAAAAUGUCAAAUGUUGCUCGAUUGUUACCGAAUAAGUCAUUAGGAUGUUUGGACAUAAAUAUUUGUAUUUUGUCAUGUUUAUACAAAGGAAAAAUAUCUCAAUAAAAUAUCAUAGUCCAUUGUACAGCAUAGACGAUAUUUAGAAUCUAGUGGCAUCAUCUUUUCUUAAACCCUAGUUAGUGAUAUAUUAGGUGUACUAAUUCCCAAAUACAUAUAUUGUUUUUUGCGUCAUGACAAACUCGCCACUGAGCUUGUUUAUAUGUUAUGUUUGCCAACUUAAAUGGACAUCAGUCUGGUUGUGUUAACCCCGUGUUUUAAUCUAAACAAUGAAUUUGGCCUAUUUUAUUUAAAUCAAAUAUGUUAUCACGAUGUGGCUUUUUGUCAUGUGCAAACAUGUUAUAUAUUACUUGACAUCUAGCUGAUAUUAUAGCGGCGUAAAUCGGGCGUAAUGAUUCUUACCUUAUUUUAAUUUUUAGAUUUAUAGAUUUCAGUUUGUAUUCUGAUCAAAUGUUAUUGUAAAUUGCUGUAAAGUAAUCAUUGAUAAUGGCCGCGCCGCGCGACCGGUCUUGACAUCGUACUACCAAGACUGUCGUUUCGCCGAACAAUUUGAAUAUUAUGUAUUAUGUCAAUGUAAAUAGAGUACGAAUUAGAAAUUUAGACAUGUUAAGGGAUGUAACCGUAGUUUAUUUUUAUUUGUAUACUUGAAUGAGAAAGGGGAUUUAAAUUGAAUAUACUUUGAAUGUCGGUGCGGGCGCGCGGCCGCGGUUUCGCGCUACAGCGCUGUGAAACAAUGCUGCGAUAUUCCUUGUGCCCCUCGAAAUAUCAGUGCAUUAUGAUGAGUCAAGAUGUAUAGACGAUGCGAUAGUGUUAUUAUGUAUGUAUAGAUAUGUUAUAUGAGCUCGAUUCGGCCUCGCUGACGGCCCGUUCGAGCGAACGACAACUAGCUAUGAAUUUCUGACAUCGGCUCACGUUAAUUAGCUUUUAAUAUUUCAUCAAAAUAUAAAACACAAAAAAAAAUGGAUAUAAAUUUCUCGACCAAGUACUGGUUGUUAUUAAAUUAUUAAAAUGUAAAAAAAAAUAGGAUAUAAACAAAGUAUAGGUACAAUUUAUGAAUUAUACUUUUCUUUUUGGUAUAAAUGAGACAGUGGAAAGGAUUAGCAUGUUUGCUACUCGAAAAUUAUAUUUUCAUUGUUCUUUUUGUGAACACAAAGCACACUAGUUAAAGUUUAAGCAGCCUUACACGGUGUCAAAUAAAAUCUAGUUAAUGUUUAUUUUGUGAUUUCUUUUGCUCAUGUCCUCUUCCAUUGCUUUAUUUUUGUUUGUCAUCUGUCAAUGUAUAGUAUGAUUUUGUUGAGGCAGGGUAAUGCAGACAUUAGAAGAGGUACUUUUUAAUUUGAAUAGGAUUUGUUUGAAUGUUUAAAUUGAGUUGAUUUUAUCCAUUCAAUGGAAUUUGUAUUGUUAGGAAGGCGCCAGUUUGUUGUUUUUUUAUAAUAAGUCGAUUUGAAUUUGGAUUAAAAUGAGGCAGCAGAUUAGAUAUAUGACUGUCAAGUUACCACUGAAUCAAUAGUCAAAGGAAAGCUCUCUUUGGCGUUGCCCUUUAUCGUGCAAGCUUUGGUAUGAGUGGACGCGAGUCGUCUGCAUUAAAAUUAUAAUAGGAACAGUCAGUAUUACAUCAUGCAAUAGACAUGAGCUGAAGAGAGGUUGUGAAGAGUAUCGUUAUAAAAGGUACCUAUUCAAAAUCUGGCUGAACAGACUAACUCAAUAUCAUAAGGACAGAUAGCUGCUGCAACGUGCAUUUAUGCCAUCUUCAUUUUAAUUUGAACUAUGGGAUCAGUGCCAAACUUUCUCCUCUUUUGUAGUAGCUCAAAACGAUGCAAUUGCAUGCUUGAAGAAACAACUAAGUAAUUGUUUAGUUAGUCUGCCAUUUGUGAAUAUUUUGUUUUGAUAGUUAUAUGUAAAUCUUUUAUAAUAUAUUUGUUUACAAUAAAUAAAUGACAACUUAUAAUAAAGAAAUUGUAUUUUCCAUUUAAACUGAUGAAAAAAAUAUAAAAAAGAUAAUACGCAAUUA